AAUUUUGUGAUGUGCCAGUGUCUGACGAUGGUCUUCUCGUUUGUUUUCCGUGCCUAUUGUGGACCAUCUAAGGCUUCACCAACCACUCGCCAUGCUGUAUUUGCUGUGUUUGGUCUACUGUUGGCAGUGCAGGCUAUAGGAUGGGAGAUCUUACACCUGUUACUGGUAUCUACAGUUGGUUACCUGAUAAUGAACUUGAUGAGUCCUCACAUCAUGCAGUACUAUGCUUCUGGUUUUGCUAUUCUUUACCUAUCAGGAAUUCACAUAUGGUUUAUGAUCAUUGGUAGAGGUGUCAAUAACUUUGAUAUUGUUGGACCUCUAAUGGUUUUGACAGAGAAAGUAGGAUGCCUUGCUUGGUCUGUACAUGAUGGUAUAUCACGAAAAGAUUCGGACAUGAAUGCCAUGCAGAAGAAAAUGGUUGUAAGGAGUAUACCAAGUAUACUAGAGUACGUGAGUUUUAUGUUCUACCCUCAAAGUCUACUUUGUGGUCCUAUCGUAUACUAUGCCGACUACAGUGUCUUUAUACAUGGUACCAAACAUAAAGUUACACAGGUCAAUUCAGAUGGGAAGGCGGUUAUUAUUUACCGGGAACCAUCUGCUGCUGUGGCAAUCAUGAAGAAAUUGAUAUUCACAAUAUUUUGUGCAUUGGUAUUGUUAUUUCUAGUACCCAAGUACCCAAUAAUGGCCAAUGUUGAUGAGGAUCACUUGGCAAAUAGUUCAUUCUGGUAUAAGAUGUUCUGUAUGAUGAUAUCAGUAGAAUUUGCCAAAUCCAAGUACUUCUUUGGAUGGGUGUUGGCUGAUGCUAUUCAUAAUGCUGCCGGUAUGGGGUUCAAUGGUUAUGAUGACAAAGGAAAUCCAAAAUGGGAUGCUGCCUCAAAUGUUAAUGUAUGGAACUUUGAAUUUCCUACGAACCUGAAAGUGUUAGUGGAUAGUUGGAACCGAAGCACCCUUGUUUGGUUACGAUACACCUGCUACGAUAGAGUGACUUUUCAACCUGCCCUUAUGACCUUCUUACUCUCAUCAAUCUGGCAUGGUUUCUUCCCUGGAUUAUUUGUAACAUUUCUAUCAGGUCAUCUCAUGUUAAUGGCAUCUAAAAAGGUCCGGGCAAAUGUCAGGCCUCUUUUCCAGGGGUCAUACCAGAGUAGUGCAUUUUAUGAUGUCUUAACUUGGGCAACAACUUAUGUUACUUUAGCCUACAUCAUCACACCUUUCACCUACCUAAGGCUUGAUCUAUCUAUCAAAUUCUUUAAUUCCAUUUACUGGUGGCUUCACAUCGUAGCUAUAAUCACCCUUCUAGUCCUACCUGCUCAUAAAAGGUUAACCACCAAGAUGAAUGACAACAACAAAGUUAAUGGUGCCAAGGAUUCAUGCUCCUCCACACUUACGGGUCAAAGUGGGGGCGGAGUGGAAGAGGUCAAAAAGGAUUUGUAGAAAAUAAUGAUUUUAUGAUACAUGCAUAUAUUUUUUGUUUUUAUAUCAUGUUCUUCUAUAUAUGUAAUUGUGCAGUGAGUGCAAAGUCAAGUCAUCACUAUUUUUUAAAGAUAAUAGUAAGGAAAAUAAGCUUCCAUGCUACAAGGAGGGACAGAGAGAGAGAGAGAGAGGAAGAGAAAGAGGGGGAAAUGAGGAAGACGGAAGGAUAGAUGGGAAUAUGAGCACCAUGAUUAUGGAUUCCCAUCAGAUAUUAUUUCUUGUAAAGUAAAAAAAAAAUGAUGUGCAGUUUGGUAAAUGCUUUGUGUUCUUCUGCAGUUAAACUGUAAGUAUAUGUUGUCCUUUACAAAAGGACAUACCAGACAGCUCGAAGAUAUGUGUGUAUAUUUUUAAUUUGCAAUUGAAAUUACACUUGAAUUUGUUGCUGUGCAUCAGCACUGUUUAUAUUUACUAAAUUUUAUGUUUAAAGUUUUGUUUUAAAGAGCUUAAUGAUUUUUCAAAAUUAAUUGUGUGUGGAAUUAUAAUACAGACAGCUAAUGCAUUAUACAUAGUAUACAAUAUUUCUGUCUUUUAAAGAAUAAAAGAAAGUCUGUAGAUAUGUCCAUGGGAAGUAGGUUUGCCCCCCCCCCCCCAUGUGUGUACCGGGGGGGGGGGGGGGGGGGGGCUAAGUACUGGCUAAGGCUCGCUUAUUCUAGGGAUCCCAGCUGUCUUGACUUUCAAGUCAAGUAUCGGGUCACCUACGCAUUGAUUGCAUGAUGGGAAGGUGCAGUGCAUAUUAGUUAAAUUGUAGCAGCAUGUGGAAUCGUUAAGUACAUGCUUUUGGUUGAAUUGACAUCCAAAAGGCCCUCUCACAUCAACUACCUACAUGUAUUAAGAUGAUGGAAAGACAAUUUAUUUUGAAUGGUUAAAUGGUCAAGAAUAUCAUAUUCUUGACCCUUUUACCAUCUUACCACUUUAAUAGGUUGUCAAUGUGUAAUUACAUUCUUGGUUUGAAUGUUAAGUUUUUUUUUUGUCUGGCAUGUACAUAUUUGAAUAUGUAUUACCACAAAGUGCACUUUUUAUGUUUUCACCAUUGAAAGCUUCGUUGUUACUACCUCAACAUACACAAAGAUAUUGGAAGUGGGUGUAUCCAUUUAUUAAGUUUAUUUUUUUUGUAUGAUGGGUUGUCAUAAUAUAACUGUCCCCAUUGUUGCUAAUAAUACUUGCUACAACUAUAAACUAGUUACCAUGUGAUGUAGAAAGUAAGUAAUAAAGGCUUGUGAUAAAGGUCAAAAUGCAAAGGCUGUAUUGUUAAAGCUUGUGAUUUAUACAAUUUGAGAUGCAAGCUCAAUAAAAUAUAAGUACAACUGAACAUUAUUUUUCUAUUUCUAUAAACCAGAUAAGCAGGUACUUGAGCUUUGAUCAGAUGUCAUCAGUUAAACUCUUUAAUCAAUUUCAAACCCCUCUGCAUAAAUGAUUUUUAUUCAUUUCUGCUCAACUAUUUGUGUACAAUGAUGAUUUUUCUUUUUUUGUGAUGAAUUUUAUUUGUAGUCAUUUGUUUUUUUAAUCUAUAUAUUUUUUUUAUAAAUGAUGGUUCAUAUUGAACUUGCCACCUCUCAUUUGAUUCAUUGAAUUGUAAGAUUAUUUUUCAUACAAGUACUAUCUAUACAUUUUUUAAAUAUUUUUUUUAAAGAAAAAAGUGUAUAAUCAACAUCUGAUCGUAACAUGCAUUAUUGUUGGAUGUAUAUCUUGUGCAUCUCAUUUGUAAAAUCAAGUCCAACUAACAGAACACAGCUUUUACACACAAUACUGUAGAUUGUUUUAAGUUUUGAGUGCUGUGUAGUGUGUACAGAUUAAAAUAAUUUGAUGUAUUUUGAUAAGUUUUGUCUUUAUCAUUAUGCUAUUUUUUUCUAAGAAAUAACAAAGGUGUCUGAAAUUGUUUUAAAAAAGGUAAACAUAUAUUUUAUUUAAUAGGCGUUGUUAGUACUCUGGCUUAAGAAUUGCUGCCCUCUACGUUCGUUGGCUUAUACGUAUAGGGCACACGAGUGUAAUUCAUCUGCGCGCAAAGCAUGCCGGACAGGCGUAAGUUAAGAUCACAUGACUUUAUUGAUUAAAAUAAUUCUUUAAAAAUAGAUCAAAUGUUUGUAUAUCAAAAGAAAAACGAUAGAGAUAAUGCUAUGUUCAUACUCUUUCAUAAUUAAGGAGUUUCGGGAGGCUAGACUGCAUUUUUGUAUUUCAUUUUAAUUAUUAUUACCCACAAUGCAGUUCUGGUUUUUUCUGGCAAUGAACUGGCCGAAAUUAUGUUUAGUCUUAUUUCAGGCCAUUUAACUUUUGAUUGAGCUGGGCAAGUACCUGAUUAACAUAUCAAGUCUUAAUGUACUGUUAAUUGUGACUAAUGUCAGUGAAUUAAAGCAAAAUCUAUCGAGGGAUUGAUUUUUAAUGAUUUUUUGAUGAGCUAUGAUAUAACACGUGAGUGAAUGGGGGUCUGUAAUACUCAUGUGUGCCCUAUAUCGCGACUACACUUCUACACAGUCGUUGCUAUGGCUGGGCGUCGUCUGCUAGAAAUCGGUGGUGAGAAAGCAUCAAGAAGUUUUAUGCAAAGUGAUAGGUUAUGUUUAACAACAGGUGAUAAGUAUGUAACUCGGCAUUUAGUGCAUUUAUCGCUUAUACGAUGCUGAAAUGACGCUUUCAAAUGUAUAUUCAAUGCUUUUUAUCAUUUAUUAUGCAGAAAUGCGAGUUUCUACUGCCAAUAGGAGAUCUGGUUGGUUUGAGAGUGUGAAAUGAAAUAAGUAGGAAUUUCAAAAUGAUAAAUAACUUCUAAUUAUCAUCAGGAUUCCUAUUUUCAAUAUUUAGAGCGCGCAGAGAAAGAAAGAUGAACAAAACAUUAAAAUACAUAAACUUGUCUCAGUCAGAUGUUAUACAUCAUAGAUUGCGCAAUUGAAUACUAUUCACUUCGUUGAAAGCUACAGGCGGGGGGGGGGGGUUGGGGGUGGAACUGAGUCGGGGUACAUACCCCAUCCUCCUGGCUUGUAAGCAGGGCGGGGUUGAUCCCUAUAGCACCCCCCCCCCAUUCUUCCUCCAAAUUAACGGUUAUAAUGAGGAAGAGAGGCGAAAUGAGCAAAAGAAAUGCUUACAUUCUUUGUUUGUUAUCAAUUUUCUUUUAUUUACUUUGUUUAUUUUUAUGCGAAUACAAAGGUAAUAAAUCGCCUCGAACAAAAUUAAACAUGUAAACAAGAAGUUGUAAAUCCACACAAUACAUAUUUAGCCCAUUGAUGGACAUCGGGCAAGUAGAACUUGUAGCUGUAAUACCAUAGGAAGCUCACAAAAUAUAUGAAUGGAACACUGCAUUUUUACAUUAAAAUGAGGGGUGUCUAAUGAGACGUUUUCUUUUUUUUUAAUACGUUUAGUCAGAUUAGGUAUUGAAUGCAAGGUAUCAAUCUCUUCAGGAGAACCCACUCUUUCUUUUGAGACCAAAUUUUUUUACUUUUUGUCAUUUGACCCUCAGUAUAGGGCACACAAGUGUAAUUCAUCUGCGCGCAAAGCAUGCCGGACAGGCGUAAGUUAACUAAGAUCACAUGACUUUAUUGAUUAAAAUAAUUCUUCAAAAAUAGAUCAAAUGUUUGUAUAUCAAAAGAAAAACGAUAGAGAUAAUGCUAUGUUCAUACUCUUUCAUAAUUAAGGAGUUUUGGGAGGCUAGACUGCAUUUUUGUAUUUCAUUUUAAUUAUUAUUACCCACAAUGCAGUUCUGGUUUUUUCUGGCAAUGAACUGGCCGAAAUUAUGUUAGUCUUAUUUCAGGCCAUUUAACUUUUGAUUGAGCUGGGCAAGUACCUGAUUAACAUAUCAAGUCUUAAUGUACUGUUAAUUGUGACUAAUGUCUGUGAAUUAAAGCAAAAUCUAUCGAGGGAUUGAUUUUUAAUGAUUUUUUGAUGAGCUAUGAUAUAACACGUGAGUGAAUGGGGGUCUGUAAUACUCAUGUGUGCCCUAUAUUGCACUUUCAGUUUUACUGAGCGCGAUGAAUUAAAGCUAAAUGAUAGUAGUUGCAGUAAAACACUAAUUUCGUGAAAAAGUUUGUAAAACCAAGGUUAAGUAAGACUAUAUCAUCGUGGAUCUAGAUCUGGUACAGUUAAAUAAACUGAACUUUGUGAAAUCAUAAAAUCUAUAGCUGAAAUACGAUCUCACUUAAAAUCGCCAACACAGAUAGACACACGUAGGACAGUGUAUUAUUAUUGCUGGAAUAAAGACCCGACGGAAGUAACCGAAUCCGCGCUUAUUUUGCUUAUUUCUCAGCAAUUACACAAUUUCUUCCAGAAUCCUUUGGCACAUAUUUUUUAUUCAUACAAACAGACACUUGGGUGGUCAUUAUAUUAGAUUCUGUAAAAAGUCAUUUUGAGAUCGUUACCAGAACUGGAAGUUAUCUUUAAAAUCGUAUUGUGACGUCACCUCCUAAAGCCGUGCAACGGUACAUUUUGGAUGGUAUGUCUUGUGUGCAACGGUACAAAUGUUUUACAUUCUGCACAGCCUCCCAUUUGCUCGUGUUCAACAAGCUAAGUAGGCGUUGUACAAUAAAUUAUGGCCAGUCAGUAUAUGUCCACGUAUAGCACUGUGGGAGCCUGAAUAGGUUGAUAUUAAAAAAAAAUGAGGCUACCAUGUGUUCCUCUCCUAUUAUCACAAAGUGUGUGUACCCUAAUGAACAUUGCUUGUUGAGUAAUAGUAUCUAGAUCUUUGUACUUGGAGGGCAUGAUGCAUGCACGUCAUUGAUGAACUUUGUGUUCACAUAUUUGCAAUGGAAUUUUAAUAAUACCAAGUGACUUAAAUAUUUCUGUUGCUGCUUCUUCUGGUGUGUAACUCGGUAGUGUUAACUGAAAUACGGAAGUAAAAUAGUAAAUGAAUACACCAUUUUACUGAACAUAAA